UCUCUCUCGUUUCUCUACCUCCCAGGUAACCACAUGCUGCUUCGGGUGUUGCCUUCGGUGUACCCCAAACAGCCGGACGCCAUUCACCGUCAGCUUGGCGAUCUGACCGCCAUGAUGUCACAGCUGGAGCCGCCAGAGCAACUCCACCUGAUCAGGCUCCUGCAAUUGGUUGCCGAGCAACAUCCACUUAUCUUGAGCCCCCAGGUUCCUGCGCUCGUCGGUUACCUUGAUGACCCCUCGUUGACGGAGGCGGUGUUCUCGGCGCUGGUGGAUGUGUCUCAGGCCAGCCCGUCGUCGCUGGUCAGCUUCCUGCCUGCGCUGAGGGCCGUGGGGGAGCAGGCGCCCGCCCUGCUGGGCAGCGUGGCCAAGAUCCACGGGGCGGUGGGCAUUAUCAGUGAGGCCCAUGCGUGCAGCUCCCUGGUGUACCUGGUGUCCCUGCUGGGCAACAUGGAGCACAGCUUCCACCACACGCUGCUCAUGCAGAUCCGGGCCCUGACGGAGCGCUACCCCUGCGUCCUGGGCGGCUGCGGCAAGGACAUCUACAGGAUGAGCAACUCCUUCAGCGCCAUCGCUCGGCUGCUGGAGCGGAAGCUGGGGGAGAGCCCCGCCAUGCAAUGCAGCCUUGGAAACGAGCGCACGGCGUCCCAGUGUGCAGCUCCUAUGGGAGCGCACGGCCCGGCAGCAGGAGGAUUCAAAGGGGGAGCAGGAGCGGUCAGAGCAGUGGGGUCGGACCAGCAUCUCCAGAUCAGGAUCCAGGCCUUCGAGGAGAAGAUGGGGGCCGAGGGGGGAGAGAAGGAGGCUGGUGGGGAGGAGGAGGAGGAGGAGGAGGAGGAGGAGGAGGAGGAAGGGGAGGGGGAGUCGCCGGCCCCCCAGAGGAGGUACAGCGCCGGGCAGACCGCCCGGCUGGAGCGGCGGGAGAUGAGGUUCAACAGGUCAAAGAGCCUGGCCCUCCACGCCGUCCGCUCGCGCUCCUUCAACUCGGACAACGGCGAAGACACAGAGGGAACCAUGACCGCUGACGCCACCCCUCCCCAUGCUCUGGCCAAUCAGCAGGGAGAUCCGCAGGAAGUCCCGCCCCCGGAGAGGAAGGCAACCGACGGCGGCCCCGCCACAGACAGUGGGACGAAGGAAGCAGAUGGAGAAAAGGGAGGGAAGGAUGGGGGGGAGGAGGAGAGGGAGGAAGAGGAGGAGGAGGAAGUGGAUCGACUUCACGUUCACCUGAAAAACAACAUGGAGACCAUCAAAGCGUUCUGUAAAGAAAUGGUGACCCAGAUCCCAGUUCCAGAGCAAUGUUUUAUCGAAGAUUCAGGCCGGGGCUGCUUCGCCAAGCUCUCCUUCUCAUGCCCACUGAAGGGCAACUACUGUCUGUACCCCAAGUCCAGCUUCGUCCUGACCAGCCCCCAGCCACACCUCUGGGUGCACGUCAUGAUGCUGCACCUGCAGAGCAAGUCCAGUGUGGCUCUGUGCUCCGGAGAUGAAUGUGUGCAGAGACUGGUGUCACUGUGGGAGAGGACGCAGCUAAGAGGAGCCCACAGCUUCUCUAUGGCCAUGACCCAGAACCCCACCCUGCAUAGGAAGGACUUGGCCAGACUUCAGGUCCAUCUGGAGGAGGUGCGUUUCUUUGACCUGUUUGGCUUCAGCCAGAAAGAGGAGAACUGGCUCUGCUUCAUGUGUAACAACCCCGAGAAGGCCACAGUUGUGAACCAGGAGGGCCAGCCUCUGAUGGAGGGUCGGCUGAAGGAGAAGCAGGUUCGCUGGAAGUUCAUCAAGCGCUGGAAGACCCGGUACUUCACCCUGGCAGGAAACCAGCUCCUGUUUCGCAAAUCCGGCAAAUCCAAAGAUGAGCUGGAAGACAUCCCCAUUGAACUCAGCAAGGUGCAGAGUGUCAAGGUGGUGGCCAGGAAGCGGCGGGAUCGGGGGCUGCCGCGCGCCUUCGAGAUCUUCACCGACAGCAAGACGUACGUGCUGAAGGCCCAGGACGAGAAGCACGCGGAGGAGUGGCUGCAGUGCAUCAACGUGGCCGUGGCCCAGGCCCGCGAGAGAGAGAACCGAGAGGCCACCACCUACCUGUAACGGGCGGGCAAACCGCUAGGACCCGUCUCUGAGUUGCGGCCAUCUGGGGUAACGCCACCCGCUGCCCAAAGGGGAUUUAUUUUGGUCUUCUUGGGGAAAAAAGUCCAGCGUGCGUUUGGGAAUUAUUCUUAUCGUAAAAGAGGGAUUGUUUUGAAGCUAUGAUCAAGAAGUGUUGAAUUGCCUCUCGUUUCUCUAAGAACCCUGUUGUUGUUGCCCCUGGGUUGUAUGGAAACAACACAUGACUUCACGGGGGUUUGAGUGGACAGAUGAUGAAUACUAAUUGAAUUACACAUGAACGAUACCCACUCCUGUCCGACCGGUCUCAGAGACUGUCGCUCACACACUGCUUUACAUUGAUGGAACCAUAACAAACUGUGAACACAAACGCACAUGCACAGAGACGUUACCCACAUGCAGAGUUGUUUGUGGCAAUGUGCGGGAGGGAGAUUAAUUCAAGUAUUCAUAAACAACUCGCAGCAAAGUUAAAAGAGGCUAAAUUUGUUAUUUUGAAAACAGCAUACGGACGUAUGCCAAUGUUCCCACACAGGAACUCGCACGCACCCAUACUCUCUAUCACACACAUUCACACACACAAAAACACAGACCACACACACACACACACACACACAUACACACACACACAAUACAAAGAGAAUACAAUAGGACACCAAAUACUACUUUGCACAAUAAGCAAUUGAACCAUAUCGCAAAAAGAUCAAGAACUCUUGUCAGGAGAAUAUAAAUCAGCAAUAUAAUGUUCACCAUAAUCAACCCCUUGAAAUGAUAAAUACAGAUACAGAUGCACACAACGGGCCAAUAUGUGUUUGUCACGAUGAUUCACCAGUGCAGAUCCUGGCCAGUGAAUCCGCAGCGGAGCGAUGCAGUGUGCGCUCUGUGUUUGUUUGACUUGGGCAGAGGUACGGUGUCACAUGAGACGAUGAUAGCUCCAUGGAAGCGCGGAAAGCAGCAACAUGUUGAUCCAGUUUAAGGCGAAACCGCGUGGGAUCCCCUCAGCACCUCGACGACACUAAUGCAUCUCCGGGACAUUCACAUUGGUGACCUCUGAAGCUGUCCAACAGUAGCUGUGGGAGUCCGUUGUGCUUGCUGUGUUCCGAAACGUUGGCCCGCUGGACACAAUGUUUUGCACGAAGCAAUAAGAGUUUCCUCUAAGAAAUUAGGGUCCAGUGGAGCCAGUGGGCCUCAUGCAGACUCUCAACAUGUAGCAAUAAGUCAUGCACAUUAAGCAGCAUGCACCCGCUCUGGGCGCUGUGGGGAAGAUGAAGACCCACAUAAUGGACAGCAGAUGAGGGGAAACAGCGAAUAAUGGUUAGGUGUGUGUGUGUGUGUGUGUGUGUGUGUGUGUGUGUGUGUGUGUGUGUGUGUGUGUGUGUGUGUGUGUGUGUGUGUGUGUGUGUGUGUGUGUGUGUGUGUGUGUGUGUGUGUGUGUGUG